AUGUGAAGAAAAAAAAAAAGGAAAGCAGAAAUAAGCGUCUGGUCUGCGUCUUUGGACCUUUUCGUUGGCUACUUGGCUUUGAUUUUGGGGUCCAAAAAAUUGGUAAUUCUGUUUUUUGCUAAAAAACACUAAAGAACAUUUAAAUUAUAGUUAAGUAAGCCAUCGUGACAUUGAAGUUAUGGUGGGAUGCUCAUAGAUCUGUUUCUGAUGAACAGCAAAUGUAUCAUCCAAAGACUGUUCCAGGUUCAAGUUUAGUUCGCAGCAACUCUUUGGUUCAUGGUCAGCAUUUAGAUUGUGGUGCUAGCUCAAUGGACCCUGUAAGUGGAGGAAACUCCAGCAACCCUAAUCUUGCAUCGAAGCAACGAUUGCGCUGGACACAUGAGCUCCAUGACCGCUUUGUCGAUGCUGUAGCUCAACUUGGUGGGCCAGAUCGAGCCACACCAAAAGGAGUUCUUAGAGUCAUGGGUGUGCAGGGUUUGACAAUAUACCAUGUCAAAAGCCAUUUACAGAAAUAUCGACUUGCGAAAUAUCUCCCUGAUUCUUCUUCUGAUGGUAAAAAGCCUGACAAGAAAGAAACUGGAGAUAUGCUAUCCAAUUUGGAUGGUUCAUCUGGCAUGCAAAUUACUGAAGCUCUAAAGUUGCAGAUGGAGGUGCAAAAGCGCUUACAUGAACAACUGGAGGUGCAGAGACAGCUACAAUUACGGAUAGAGGCUCAAGGAAAGUAUUUAAAGAAGAUUAUUGAAGAGCAGCGCCUUGGUGGAGUCCUUGCAGAAGCACCUGGCACAGGAGCUUCAGUCCCAGCGUUGGGUGACAAUGGCCUGGAAUCUGACAAGAAGACUGACCCUGCAACUCCAGCCCCAACUUCAGAAUCUCCUUUGCAGGAUAAGGCUGCCAAAGAAGGAACUUCUGCGAAGAGCCACUCUGUAGAUGAGUCUUUCUCAUCUCAUCAUGAGCCUUUGACCCCAGAUUCUGGUUGCCAUGUGGGUUCUCCAGCAGGGAGUCCUAAAGGGGAGAUGUUGAAGAAGAAGCAACGGGUGAGCAUGGCUGGAGCAUUUGCUAAACCGGAGAUGGUACUUCCACACCAGAUACUAGAUUCGAGCAUAAAUGCCUCCUAUCAACAAUCGCAGUCAGUUUUCAUGGGAGAGCAAUUUAAUCCUUCAUCUGGAAUAUCGAUCAGAAAUGAGAAUCAAUCAGGGAAGGGUUCAGGAACGGAGCUGUAGUUUUAUGUGCUACAUGGUAAAUGUUGUUGGUUUCAUUUUGGCCAUGUAUUCCUGAUGAGAUUUCUGAUUAGGUCAAAAAGAAAAAAAAAAAAAAGAACUUGUUAAUGUCUGUUGUUUGAGAUAAUUAGACUGAAGUAAAUGUGUCCCUUUGACCUAAUAUAUGUAGCAUCCAUAUAGUGUAGUGGAAUUAAUUACAGUGAACGGUGCUGGGGACUUGGCUCGAGUGCCAUGUCUAUCAGUGAUUGUUGUGUAUUUUGGCUAAAGGUCUUAGAAAGACUUUGAUGGCUGGCUUUAAUUGGGUAACGUGGAUUAGCACUGUUACUGUUGUUUUUAAUUCUUUAAUAACUUAGUAAGUCGACUUUGUUCAUGGGA